AUGGCAGAAUCUGAAGAUAUUCAACCCUUGGUUUGCGAUAACGGAACCGGAAUGGUUAAGGCUGGAUUUGCAGGAGAUGAUGCACCUAGGGCAGUGUUCCCUAGCAUUGUAGGUCGUCCGCGUCACACUGGAGUAAUGGUUGGAAUGGGACAAAAAGAUGCGUAUGUUGGUGAUGAAGCACAAUCCAAAAGAGGUAUUUUGACUCUGAAGUACCCAAUUGAGCAUGGAAUUGUUAGUAAUUGGGAUGAUAUGGAGAAGAUCUGGCAUCACACUUUCUACAAUGAACUUCGUGUUGCGCCUGAAGAACAUCCGGUUCUUCUCACUGAAGCGCCGCUUAACCCUAAGGCUAAUCGUGAGAAAAUGACUCAGAUCAUGUUUGAGACGUUCAAUACUCCGGCCAUGUAUGUUGCUAUUCAAGCUGUGCUUUCUCUUUAUGCUAGUGGCCGUACAACUGGUAUUGUUCUGGAUUCUGGGGAUGGUGUUAGUCACACAGUUCCAAUUUAUGAGGGUUAUGCACUUCCACACGCGAUCCUUCGAUUGGAUCUUGCAGGGCGUGAUCUAACUGACGGGUUGAUGAAGAUUUUAACUGAGCGUGGCUACACUUUCACCACUUCUGCAGAGCGGGAAAUUGUGAGGGAUAUGAAGGAGAAACUGGCUUAUAUUGCUCUGGAUUAUGAGCAGGAGUUGGAGACCGCUAAGACUAGCUCAGCUGUUGAGAAGACCUAUGAGUUACCUGAUGGACAGGUGAUCACAAUUGGCGCUGAAAGAUUCCGAUGCCCUGAAGUUCUGUUCCAGCCAUCGAUGAUCGGGAUGGAAUCUCCUGGUAUCCAUGAGACAACAUUUAACUCAAUUAUGAAGUGUGAUGUUGACAUUAGGAAGGAUCUCUAUGGUAACAUUGUUUUGAGUGGUGGUUCCACAAUGUUCCCUGGUAUUGCUGAUAGGAUGAGCAAGGAAAUUACUGCAUUGGCACCUAGUAGCAUGAAAAUCAAGGUUGUAGCACCACCAGAGAGGAAGUACAGUGUCUGGAUCGGAGGCUCCAUUUUGGCAUCCCUCAGCACUUUCCAACAGAUGUGGAUUGCAAAGGCAGAAUAUGAUGAAUCCGGGCCAUCAAUAGUACACAGGAAAUGCUUCUAA